ACUAAACGCCGUGCAAAAAAUGUCGCAGAAAGGCAAUGAAAGCCAAAGAGAUCGAGAGCAUUCCUGAAUAUUGAAGCGAAAUGAGUCGGCGCUCACCUGGGAAAAGGGAAUCGAUGGCCUCUUUGACAAUCCUGAAAUCAGUUUACUUGAAGUUGUCGUAACCUCAGUGCUUUAAGAGAAAUUUCGCCUGUCUAUUGAAACCGGUCGUUUGUACAAUAAAGCAAGUACGACGCCAAGUGUUAUUUUUGUUAAAUAAUAAAAGACUAAUAAAAGAAUAAAUAUCAAACCAGAAAUCGCUCUCUUCAAACUGUAUGUUAUAAAUGAUCCUGAGAGAAUAUUCAGUGUGUUAAAGAUUUCCCUGCUGUACUGUUAGCUCUAUACAAGAGAGGAAGGGCGAUUCUUUUAUAAUUUCUGUUUCGCUGACACAGUUUUAGCAGAAAUCUCUCUGUAGUCGUUUUCGUCGACAAAACGAAUAGUAGUAUCGCUCUCCGCGUCUUCCGCCAUUUUGUUCCGCGUCAAUUCGUGAAGGACACCAGGCUCUGAGCGUGGGUCAUCCACGCGGAACACAUUCGCCCUAUGUGAUUGGCUGUUGUCUAAUCCCUCUUGGGAUCUGUGGUCUUAAAAAUAACUCGAGGGAAAUUUCCUAUGGAAUAGGGUGUGUAUGGGGGAUGCCUUCUCUGUCCCCUUUAUCCUCUCUUGGUCUUACGCACUUUAGCCAAACCGCCGCUGAAGCUAUGUAAGGUUCCAAUGAUUUGCCUCCUGUCAAUCAUGUGUAUGCCUGACUUCAUCAGAGACUAAGGCAUGUUCAAUUGACUGUAUUCCGGAAUAAUAAUAAAUGGAAUAAACACUAGAAACCACUUCAGUUUGGCAUUCAUUGCAUUGUAAUAUCUGGAGAUCUUGAAAUAAUACAAUAUUCCGAUGCAUCUGGCGUUUACGUUUAAGUGUUCCAACAAUCACGGUAGAAGAGAUUUGUAACACAAUCUUUGCUAGCCUACUUGAAGACGUCUCCUACUUCCUUUGUUGCACACGGAAUAUACGAGAUGAAUAUGAGGAAAUAUGAGAAAAUAUGAGACGUCUACCCCCAAGGCCAAACCUUUGCCUAUUCUUGUUACGGAAUACGAUAAAUCGAACGCAUCAUAAUUGUGUACAUCCACGCUAAAAAAAGUUCUUCCUUUUGUUUAUGUCCAGCCAGCUGAGUCAUUGGCUAGGAGAAGGAAGCCUUACAUAGAUUUGACCUGCUCUUAUAGGUGAGAAGAGUUUCCCCAGAGCUGGUGUUAUUUACACCGAAGUUGUUUCCUUCAUUACAACAUGUCAGAGGAGAUGACAAUGCUUGAAGCAUAUAUCACUGGAACUUUUCCAACAAGUAAUGGAAGAGGCGAUGAGGUCGGUUGUUCUUUACUUUAUGUGUUUUCGCAAAACCCAGUAUUGACUUGAUAAGUGAGUGGUGUAACAAGAUCUGAGUUCUACUCUAGUAAAAGUAACAUACCUAAUCUUAGCGUGAGCAAGUGGGAAUUUUCUUUCUGUAUGUAUAUAAUCAAAACCAUGCAAAAAUAAACGGCUGCACUAAAAUACCAACUUAAAAAAUAACCUGAGCUGUUGCUGCAGAUCUCAUGUAUGCUGAGUGUGCAAAACGAGUAGUAUAGUGGCAUUAUGAGAACACUUCCUCCGCAAUGACAUUGUGCUCAAUUUUGACCUUGACCUUGACCUUGGCAAUCCACAUGACAGUCAUGUAUUAAUCACGUGAUCUUGACUUUGACUUUGGAAAAACAGUCAACCAGUUUAAACCGGUUUUGACUUUGACUUUGGAAAACCUGCUGGCUGGAAAAACAGUUAUAACAGGUUCAAACCGGUUUUUUCCUAGGAGUGAAAGACACGUGGAAAAAUCGCCUGAUGAGUUCGGAGAGAAUCGGAAAAAUAUUCCAAUAGUAAUACAGAAAUGACUAAACUAUUCAAAGAAAAAUCGCCUUAUAAAAUAAAGAAAAGAAAAGGAGUCACUUUUUUUUCUAUUUGAAAUAUAUAUCAAAAAACUGAACUACAGAUAAAGAUAUCAAAGUGAAUGUAAUCUUCGCAGUUGAAUGAACAACUUAAGCUGUUGAAAACGAACCUGAAAAAAAUUCAGGCUUGACCGGGAAUCGUAACCUGGCCUUUGCGAUGACCGGACGCAACUCUCUAUUUUGACCCCACUACACAACAGCAACAGGUAAAAUGUAAAGGGAAAUAAGUAUAUUUUGGGACGGCUUAGCGAAGAACCAACCCUGCAAAGUACGUAUGUAAAUACAGAAAUAGGUAAGUAACUAAUGUACAACACUUGUAAAACUAGCUUCCGCAAAAAGAAAGAACUGCUACAACUAGUCGAUCUCGACCUGAAUCCCCAAUUGAGCACGCGGGAUUAGUGCCAGUUAGGUCGCCAGUUAGGCUGGGGAAAUUAAAGAAAGUAAAUUAAACUUUAAACAACGGAUAACUGGGACAGGGAAUACUGUAGGAGCACAGAGGCUAAGUGCCGGAAAAACUGGGAAUUAUUUUCACUAGUGUAACCAGCAAGGCACGUAUAGGCCAAUUUCCAGUUAGGCUGUCAGAAAAGGCUAGGGCAGGAUAUUUAGGGUAAACGAAUGGCUAACGACCCUGGCUAGAGGUCUGUAACUUAUGUAUACAUAGAAACCAAAUAUAUUAAGUAAAGGAGCAGGUGCAAAACUGUGAUAAUCAUGAAAGUACAUAAGAUAAGAAAAGGGAAAAUAGCUGAAAACUAGCAGAGCUGAGCUACCGCUUACAACUGAAAUAAAUGCGGUCAGACGGAGGCCAGAAAAAGCCUGCUAAAAAAAAAACCGAAAUGCGGGCAGGAAAUCUUUGUAGGAACCAAGGUACAAGCUCAAAGUCCUUACUACGGGACUUUACAAUGCAAUCGAGAAUAGGCUGCUUCUAAAAUAAAACAAAAAAUUGGUGAUAUACGCAGCCUUAUAUACUCCCAGUAUGGCGACCCAUAGUUCCCCGACCUAGUACCCAGGCCAUGUUGUAUCUCGUGCCGUGAAAAUAGUUGUUUUUGCCUUCUUCGCGGGCUCAUUCAUCAGAAAUAACAUGUUCAUAAAGCUAAUCAAGCCAUCUGGAGAGCAUGGUAUUGUGAGACAAACUUAAAGCAAGGGACACACAUACACUAACCCACGGCCUGACCCACGGCCUGGCCGGCACCUGACGCAUUCGCACAGCCAUAUCACCCCUGGCCAGGCUAUGGGUUGGUGUAUGUGUGCCCCUUGCUUUAAGUUUGUCUUAAGCAAUUGUGAGUUCGUAAAAAAACCCCAUGGUCGAAAUGACCUGAAUGGAAAUAUAUGAAAUGAGUCAUAUUUUGAAUUGCGGAUAAAGAUAAUAAAGUGCACACGGUCUUCGCAGUAGAAUAAACAACUGAAGCGCUAUUUUCGCCAAAUUCGCCAUUUUUGUCAAAAUCGCCACUUUGCCAUCUCAUUUGAAUUUUUGUUAAGACUUUCGCGAAUGUUCGCCUUUUUGGACAAAAUCGCCACUCGCAAAAUGGACCCUUUGCUACCUCAUAAGUAUAUUCGCCAAACUUUGGCGAAUUUUCCCAAUGUUUGCCAUUUUCGCCAACGCGUGCCUUUCUGGACUUCUCUCAUGUAGCAACACCAAUAGAUGCCCUUUCCAGUUAACGUUUUUCACCCUCGUCUAUACUGCCAAUCCUUUUACUGUAUAUUUUUGUAUUGUUUAAAUCUCCUCAUCAAUACACCGUAUUCACAAAUGGCGGACACGCGGGAAAAAACUGGUGCCUAGUCAUGAAAGCGAGGCGUUGGAGGAUAAACAAAAAUUGCAAAUGAAGACUUUCAGUGAACUUGCAGAGUGUUUAGCACGGAUUCCACCUAAAAUAACUUUGUACGGACUUCUUUUUAACCACAAUUACGUGGGAUGUCUUCUGCUUUUAAUGUUUAGUGUUGAUUUGCUGUUUGCAAUCAAAAGGGACGCGUAUAUCUUCAAGGAAACAGGAUGAUUUCCGAAGCAUCAGUUUUUUUCCGCGUGUCCGCCAUUUGUGAAUACGGUGUAUGUCAUCAUUAAUUAUUUCCUUGUUUCUCCUUUUAGCAGCUGUUGUUUAUGAUAAACGAGCUUUUUUGGAACCUAAUUCCUGGUUUAUUUUACCAGCUUUAUUUAAAAUUUCAUUCACAUAAUCUGGGUAUUUGAAGGUGCUUUACCGCUUGGACCCGAUAAUAAUAAUUUUUCAGCAUACCUUCUGCUUCCACCAGAGCAGUUCUAAGCGCUUCUUUAGCAAUGAUCUUGUGUUGCAUAACAGACUUUGAGAUUUUCUUUGUACACUGCACUAACCUAUCCCAGGUGCCACCGAAGUGGGGUUCUCUUGGCGGUUGGAAAUUCCACUCAAUCUCCUUUGGUGCACAAAAGUUUUGUACUCUCUUUUUAUUCAGUUGCUUAAGGCAUUUCUGCAGCUCAUUAUUGUCCCGUAAAAGGUUAGGUCCAUUAUCACUGCAUAUUCUUUAUGGCCCCCACGUCGCACAAUGAGCCUUAUCAAUACCAUAAUGAAAUGACCCGUUAAAGAUCAUUUACUAGUUCAAGAUGGAAAGCUCUUGCAGAUGGAAACAUAUAAACAAAAAACCGUACACCUUACUCCCACCACGUCUCUUCUUAAUAAAAAAUCAACUGCAGACUGUCUUUGAACACCAUUUCAGGUUCAAGCCUACACUCAGGUAAGUUUCCCAUUUGCCGCUCCUGGGGUUUUACUGUCUGACGAUAGAAGUAAUUGCACUUAAACUUUACGCCUCUCACAGCCUGACGGCAAUGGAUAAUCCAAUGCUCCUGUCUACUUUGAUUCAGUAUAUGAUGGAUGGUGGUAAGCACGAUGCAUGUCCUCGAUGAUCAGCUGCCCAAGCUCAUGAUGUGAGUCAAUUAUUUUCGGGUGUCGUGUCUUGUACGGGAGGGCUUGCGCCUUUAGCAACCUUCCACCGACUACCAUAAGUCAACUUUCUAUUCUCGGAUCAAAAGAUUUGAUCCUGCUUUGCUUAUGUACCUGUUGACCAUUUUCCAGGUACCUUAUCUCUUCGCCAAUUGACUCUACUUGCGCCCUCUUCACUAGCUGGUUCUGAGCAGUUCUCAGCUUUUGGCUAUCGUAUGACGAAGUUCCUUCUUUACACGUGCAUUCUUUGCUAAUCGCAUUGCGUACUCCAGUAUUCUACUUAGUUUAGUUAGGGACGAAUAUCUUUUCCAUCCCAACACAGGCUCAGUUUCCUGGGAAACUCCGACUCACCUUAGCCUUUUCCUUUCUCUUUUUGCGUCUUCCAGUGGUGCUUAAACUUUCUUUUCUGUCCAGCACUCGGCCGCUUUGUAUAGGAACUCUGGGCCAGGGCUGUAACGAUGCUUCACCUUUAGUUCUGCAGGGUGGAGUCCUUGGGUGAUAUCAUCAGCAGGAUUAUCACCCUCCGGCGCGCAUCUCCAUGUGUCCGCCUCUGGUACAGUUUCCACGGUUACUCAUGAUCGUGUGGAUCUCGGAUACUCGAUUCCCCACGAACGCCUUGUAGUUGGGUCCGUCUGGUCGGGUAACACUGAAAAGAUACGUGUUCAUUCAUUAUUUAUGCGGUAUUUCCUAGCUGUCAAUCACGAGCACGUGUGAAAACAGGAGGCGGAGGCACAUCUGUUUUAUUUCUUUGAUUUAAGAUCAUUCUACAAAAAUCGCAAAUUGUAUAUGGAAAUGAAUUCAAUGCGUAAUGAUCAACUUUUGUACAAAUAAUAUCUAUAUUCAUAAUUAAGGUAAUAUGCCUGGACAAAGCAAACAUACUUAAUGAGCAUUUCUCAACUACUGGCGAAAAACUGGCCAACGAAUUGCCGAAUACCAACUUGACUUAAAGUAACGUUCAUGUUUCUUUCGUCAUGCCUUAUGUUGUGAGCAUAAAUUUAUCGUACGAGAGUAUUGGUAGCUUGAUGGCUAAGUUGAGAGCCGAUAAAGCCUCUGGGCCCGACAGUGUUGCCCCAAAACUUUUAAAGUUUACUGGUGACUCCAUUAUUCCAUCCUUGCUGUCUGUGUUUAAUAUCAGCGCCACCUACAACACUGUACCGGCUACAAUGAAAGUGACAGUGAAACUGUUAAGCAGAAGUCUAUGGUGGCGUCAGCUAUUACCACCCAUGUCACUGGACAGGGACUUGGGAACCAUCACCAGUGGGCGUAUUGAAAAGGUCAUUCCACCAAGCUGUUGCUAGUGAAGAUAUCGGAUGACUGGAAACAAGCACGUUGUUGUAGGCGUGUUUAUAACGCGUUUGACGCGAUUCCCACUUCAUUUUGCUCCGAAAACUGCGGAGUCUUGGUGUAGCUGGGGACUUAUGGUGUUGGGUAAGGGAUUAUCUCUGUGGAAGAACGUAAGUGACAACGAUUAAUGGGUGUCAAUCUCAAGUUAUGCCAGUUACUUAUGGGGUGCCACAGGGGUCUCUGCUGGGCCUCAUCCUGUUUUCCCUUUUUUGUAAUGACCUGCUCUAUAUCACUGAGGGAAUAGAUGGUGACCCACAGCUUCACAUGUACGCAGACAAUACCACCGUUUAUGUCUCGGCUCCGACUUAUGAUCUGGUGGCUUCCAAGUUAAAUGAAGACCUAGCAAGGCUAUAUACAUAGUGUUGGGAGAACUGUUUACUCCCCAUCCUACCAAGAAGGAGUGUAUGCUGCUCAGUAGACGCAGCUGGCAAUUGACUGAGCCAAAACAAGCUAUCAAGAUGGGUGAUUAAGUUAUCGAGGAGGUUGUUUCUACAAGAUGCGUUGGUGUCCAGAUACUCAAUGCUCUUAAAUGGGAUCAUCAUGUAUCGGAACUAGCGAAGUCGUUUGCGCAGAAGUUGAACUUACUUAAAUCAACUUCCUGCCUAGACAGGCGAGAACUGAUUUCUAUUUUGGUGUUAUUUUGCCCUCUGUUACGUAUGUGAUCAAGUACUUUUCUCAAAUCUGGAAUCUAUACAUGAAAGAGCGGCAAAAAACAAUAUAUAACCUAGAUUGGUGUACGCCAGGCAAGGUGGUUCCUACCACAGCAAAAUGGAAUAACUUUAGUUAGUGAUUAUGUAUGAGAAACGAUUUUUUAAUAUUUUUAGCACAUCAGGAUUAUUAUCAUCUUUUACCAUGUCCUAUGAACUGUCUUUUUGAAAAGUAUGUAAGUAGCUACGAUCUCCGGAGGAAAAACAUGGUCAAGAAAUCAUGCUCAUACAGGUCAAUUAUUCGGUGGAAUGUCCUUGAAAACCAAAUGAGAUCAAUUCAUGACACUGACGCUUUUAAAAAGUCACUCAAGUGUAUUUUUAAGCCACAUACAUUAUAAUGAUGUACUGUGUAGAAUUUUUAUUGUUAUAUAUACGUAUAAUUCUUAUAAUAGUCUUAUUCAGUGAUUAAUUAGGAAGUUUAAUUUUCAUAAAAAAAGUUUAAUUUUAUUGUUAUGCAACUUGAUGAAUUUUUUAAUCGUGUUUAAAUAAAUGCUAUUAUUAUUAUUAUUAUUAUUAUUAUUAUUAUUAUCAAAAGCUUUUAACCGGUUUUUGAAUCUGCAAUUCCUUGAGUCCACGGUUUUUCAAUCCUAAGGUCAAGGUCACGUGGUUAUCGUGUGGUACCCAAGGUCAAGGACAAAGGAAAUGAGUUAAAAAAAAAAAAAUGAAGACAGUCAACACUUGUUGGGUUAAAACUCUACGUGCCACACGUAUUCUGGUAAGCAUUAGUGGUCUCCAACUGGAAUGGCAGUAACACAAGACUUUCUAAUCAAAUGUUUAAAAUUUCAUUUCCUCUAUCAGGCAUAUGAGAUCACAGUUCUGUACUCUGACGGGAGCAAAAUAGCGCUUCGGAAAACAUAUCAAGAGUUUAUUGAAUUGCAGGUGCGUGUCUUGAGAUCUGAAUUGAUAAAUAUUUUUUAAAAAUCAUAAUUUUAUAUCACGAUUGUUGGUCAUUGUCGGUGAACAACUGAUGUAGAGUCUUGUAGUUGUGAUUUUUGAUUUUUGAUUUUCGAAGUAUGGAGCUAGCGAUUUUUCAUUUUAGUUAUGGUACCGGUGAGAUUCUCGCAAAUAUUCUGAACCUUUUUUUUUGCAUCUUGUGCUUAUAUUACAACUUUUCACCUCGAAUAAAUCCAGCGUAGACAAUCAUGGCGAACAACUGAGCUGCAUGUAUUUGGCGUGUAAGAACGCACGAAACGGCUCCAAGGCCUGCUGUCUUCUGAUUGAGCAGAAAAACAAGCGCCAAUCAGAAGCCAGGACGGCUGCGACCGUUUGGAACUGGUCUGUUAUGACAAUGUUCCCAGGGGUUCUACAACCCUUACUUGAUACAAAUUACAAGUUAUUAACGCCAUCAACAUUGUGAACAUAGCUCUCUCUUAAAAUUUCCUUUAAUUGCAGAGCACGGUUUAUAAUUUGCUUACGCGAGAGGGUGGUUAUUCAAAGAAGACUGCAAAAUCUCUUGUAAAAACCUUACCAGGUAUUUUUUCAUGGUACUGAUACGCUCAUAAUAAAAUCAUUGUUGAUCAGAAAGCAAUGUUUCAUUCGAUUGACUGUUGCUUUAAAAUCUUGCAUCGAACCACUCUGAUGCCAUUAAAAACUGUAGUUUUACUAUCAAAUCACUCAUUUAGUUGAAAUUGUAGACUUCGUAUCGAAUGAAAAGAUCUAUAGUCUUUCACAUACUUCAUCAAGUUCAUGACCUGAGUUUUAUCUAUAAGCAACGGUACUUACCUAAGCAAAAAGACAUCAUUCUAGUUUAUUUUUUGUAACUCUAUUGCAGUAGUUUCUAUAACACCAGUUUUUCUCAAAAUCUAUUCUAGUAGUUCUGAGUUUUUGAGGGGUUCAAGAAUCACAGAGAACACAAGCAAGCGCAGUUUCAACCAUCCUCAUAAUAUUUUCCUCUGUUUACACAUCUUAAUUACAACUUUCUUCUUGUUUUUAUCAAAAAAGCUACCUGUGUUCGUGUACCGUAAACUUUAAAAUGCAUGUUAAUUGAGCCCCCUGUGUUAUUGAGUUUUAUAACACUAGUUAAUAAAGCUUUCUUUUUUGCAGAGUUGAAUAAUUACUUGUCUCAAAGUCUCUUCGGGGAGGACGAUUUAAAAAAGAUUGAGAGAUUGGAAAAUUUCAUUAAGGUAAAAAAGUAGGUCAGUUAGGAUCGAGGGAAUUUUUUUUGUGUGGAGCAAAGACUUAUUUAAGACAAUUCAGCUCACUCUACUAGACAAAAUCUACGAUGCUUGACGUUACACUAACAGCAACUCUUUUUCCAUUUCUAGGAAUUGCUUAUCCUUCCAGCUGUGGUCCGAAAUUCCGAAAGCGUUAAUAAAUUUUUUGGCGCCUUUAUGGAAAAACCAACCAAACGUGAAAGGUUUGACCGAAGAAAGUUACACUAAAACAAACUUCGGGUGACUGUAACUUAAGAAUCUAACAAUAACUACAUUUUGUUUUUAGGACAGAAAAAGAGGAGGAGUUAAAAAAAUUUGUUAAAGUGACGGAAGUUUUAAGUGGUACGUAAACCUAAUGAGUUUGAACAAAGUCCAAUUUCCACUCUCUAUCCAUCCAUCCAUCCAUCCAUCCAUCCAUCCAUCCAUCCAUCCAUCCAUCCAUCCAUCCAUCCAUCCAUCCAUCCAUCCAUCCAUCCAUCCACCCAUCCAUCCAUCCAUCCAUCCAUCCAUCCAUCCAUCCAUCCAUCCAUCCAUCCAUCCAUCCAUCCAUCCAUCCAUCCAUCCAUCCAUCCAUCCAUCCAUCCAUCCACCCAUCCAUCCACCCAUCCAUCCACCCAUUCUUCUAUCCAUCCAUCCAUCCAUCCAUCCAUCCACCCAUUCUUUUAUCCAUCCAUCCACCCAUCCAUCCACCCAUCCAUCCACCCAUUCUUUUAUCCAUCCAUCCAUCCAUCCAUUCAUCCAUCCAUCCAUCCAUCCAUCCAUCCAUCCAUCCAUCCCAUCCAUUCCAUUCAUAAAAAUAUUUGCAAGAGUGACGAUCGUUUAAGGUCUUUCCUCUUUCAAUACAAAUUCGUUGUCCCAAUCACCACUCUUGAACCAUCAAUUUUAGGGCGAGAUCCUCUCCGAACCUUACCAAAGAAUCCAGUGCUGGGCAUGGUUCAUAGGACGAUCAAGGCAGAGUUACCUCCAGAUGACCAAAAGCCCGAAACCAAUGAGAUUUUUACACGUCCUGGUCUGUUCGGGAGAUCAACUUCUGACCAAGGUUUCAAGGCAAACACUUCUCGUUCACCAGUCGCAAAGAGACGGUUUAGCGCUGGUGCUGACAUUGUCAGUAUUUCCAAGGAAAACUCAGUAAACUAUUUUUGCCCUGAUGCGCCGCACAUUCAGUCACCUGGCAAGACGAAAGAGAAACAAUCCAAAGGUGAUGAAACUACUGGUUAUACAGAAAAAACCAAGUCUGGAAUAGAGGUACCUUGUAUCCAAACGGCAUCAGAUCAAAAUGAAAAAAGCCCCAGAGGAACGAAGUAUUUGGCUGUUUCGUCAUAUGCUGGGGAAGAAAGUGGUGUGGUGUCACCUCAAUAUGGAGAAGAAGUUGAAAUACUGGAGAAACGCUCCGAAACACAAGGCAAAGAAAUAUUGAUCGCUAUGUCGGAAAGAACAAUCGUGGGAGAGAGUGACAUGGAAUUCCACGUGCAAAAACAAGAAAGGGUAUUAAUCUCUCAGUUCAAUUGCUAUUCUGCGCAUAAAAUCUCUCAACAGAUUAUAGUAUACCUAAAAAGAUAUGAAGAUCUCUGUGUUGAGUUGUUGUGGACAAUCUCCUUAUCAUUUCCCAUUUUAAACUUCAUGGUUCUGUUUUCUGUUGACAAGCUGAGUCACGUGACUAUGGGGCGCAUCAAAAGCAUGAGCAAACAUGAAAUAAAACGAGCUUAGAACUCGAUAGAGGCGGAAAUAUUUGAGGGCAAAGGCUAGACAACUACAUAUGUACGUUCAUGCGCACGGAACCUAGAGUCACUUUUCCCGCCCAUUGCUUCCCUGAGAUCCUCUACAAUGCACCUACACAUGUAAGCAUUGACAGGUUUAAAUGCUUGGGAAUGUUGACUUAAAAUAGGACAAGUUUCAUUAUCCCACUCUUUUGUAACUUUAUUAGAAACGGCAUACCUACAAUGAAAACGAAUGUUUCAACUUGACUUUUUCAGUCCGCACACAAAGGAAACGACCCUUCCAGGUCCAAAACUGGCCUGCUAGCCUGUAUAUAUCUUUCAGUUAAUGUUAUAAUGCAAUUUGCAUUAAGCGGAUCAAUAUUCCCUGUAGGUGUUGAGCUUCCAAGACCUUUCUUCCCAAAGUUGCUGUAAAACAAACCUGUAUUAUUUUAGUUGACAUUAUCAGGGUUCCCGUGGGUGUCUCCUGAAAGCAGGGGUCAUUGUAAUUUCCGCCCCUAUUUCGGGUCAAGUCUUGUUCUAGGCAAAAAAUUUUGGAAUAUCUUCUGACCUUAACUGAUUAAAGAAAAUUAGGCUAUUUGAACGCUAUACCGGAUAGCUUAUCAUUUCACAUGAAAAAAAAUCCACCGAGAGGUCAUGAUCCACUUUCAAGAUCUGCGUGGUCCUACUUCGCUCCGUCGCAGAAACCGCUCCGAAAUCACCGUUUUUGUGUGUGAACCAAACCCCUAUCCGAUGCAGUUUUCAUGCAGGCGUACUUCCGCAUUUCUUUCUAUGUACAAUACAAUAUGCGGAACCAAAUGAGCGUGACUGUUAUUAUUAUAAAAGGUGCUAACCAUACUUUUUUGUUACUAAGUCGCUGGGGGGAACCGGUGAAAAAGAGUCAGAAGUAACGGGAUCAACUGAAAUGAACCGACGAGUCAAGCUAGUUUCAGUGGAAGGAAUUCAGAAACGCAAGACGCCAGAUAAAAAUUAUGUAAGUACUACAAACCAGUUAGAGUAAAUCACCAAACGAAUAGCAAGUUCCAUAAUGUCUUAAUCUUGUUUUCAAUUUUAACGGAAUUAAGCACCAGUAAACCUGAGAAAAUUUAGUAAGUUUCGUCGGACUUUGGACUUUCCUUGUGCAAAUAAAUUUUGCAAUUACCGUUCAUAUAAUCAAUGAUGAGAUUGAAAGGGGACAGGCUGUUGCUGCCCCUGCAAUGAGGAUAACAAAUGAUGCGUGCAAUUACCACUAACAACCCGAUAUACCCAAAGCAAAUAAAUGUCUCUCUAUUUAUCAUCUAACUGUUGUUGUUUUAAUUUAUGGCUCAUCAGUACACGCAGGCAUUUACUACGGUCAAACCCACCAAAAAACGUACAUCAAUUACUUAAUUGUACGGAAUGGCUCCCUGUUGUUUGUGUAUUAGAUGUUACUUGUUUUUGUCAAAGGGCUUAAGAAAUAUCCUAAAUACAAAUGCUAAUUUGCUCUCUUCUAGGUUUACAUUCUUAAAGUGCUGUGGUCGGACGGAAAUAUUAACAUCAUCUACAGACAGUGCAGUGAUUUCUUCUUUCUACAGGUUGAAAACAUGAUAAGUAUCUUACAUAAAUUUCUUUUCCUCUUGGGCCUGUUUUAGACGUUGUACUUCUGAUGGACUGUGUCUAAUGCAAAUUGAGGGCUAUGAAUUGGUUUUAUCACCAGGCCGCGGUUGUUCAAACGUUGGAUAGCGCUAUCCAGCGGUAUUACGGAAAUCAAUUACGCUAUCCGCUGGAUAGUGAUUUAUCCGGUGGAUAGCGCUAUCCGACGUUUGAACAACCGGGGCCAGAACUACUAUCAAAUGUUUCCACUGUGUUACCCCCCCAUAAAUAAUGCCGUUACUUACUUGCUUACUAAAUGAACAAAUGGACUUUGUUCAUAAUCAUUAUAUUUGGCACAGUGAAGUUUGACCUAACAGAGUCCUUAGAAGGCAAAGUUCUCUUCCGCAUUUUCCAAGCAACAAUUUUUUUUGGUCGUCUGGGCCACCCAGACCUCAACUUCACGAGUGAGAAUACUUGCAUAACAGAUUUAUUGCAAGUUCUUCCGUUAUAAAGAACAACGGAAGAACUAAAACUCGCUGGAAUCAUGUUGAAACGUCCAACUUCAUGAAUAACGGAAGAACUAAAACUCGGCGCAUGAAUCGCGCUGAAACCGCCAAAAAUGUUUAGAACACUCCAUUAAUAAGACAAAGAGACAAGUUCAGAUGGUUUAUAUGCAUUUUGAAUGCUAGUUUUGCGCCCUAAAUAACGAUCGCUCACCCAUGUCAUAAACUUGUCAAUCCAGCAUGGUAUUGUUCCCGAUGAAAUUAAAAUCGUUCGCGUGAUACCUAUUUUUAAAUAUGAUGAUCAGUCGCUUUUCACCAACUACCGACCUAUCUCGGUGCUCCCUAGCUUUUCAAAAUUCUUUGAAAGAGUUAUCUACAAUCGUUUAAUGCAAUAUCUGAUGAAUUUCAACAUCCUCUGUAGUAACCAAUACGGCUUCAGGAAUAAUCAUUCCACUGCACUCGCGCUAAUCGACUUGCAUGAUAAGAUCUCCACGGCCUUUGACCGAGGUGAAUUUUCCGUAGGUUUUUUUCAUGACCUCUCAAAAGCCUUUGACACUGCAAAUCACAUCAUCCUUUUUGAUAAACUCGAACAUUACGGUAUUCGUGGCUUAGCGCUGGACUGGAUAAGAAGUUACUUUUCAAACAGAAAGCAAUAUGUUGAAUAUAGUGGCCACCGUUUGUUAAGAAAUGAAAUCUCUUGUGGGGUCCCUCAGGGUUCUAUCCUCGGACCUCUAUUUUUCUUACUGUACAUUAACGACAUCAACAAUGCUUCUAAUCUAUUAAAUCUGAUAUUGUUCGCUGACGAUACCAAUGUAUUCAUGUCACAUAAAGAUCUGAACUAUCUCUCAGAUACGUUAAACUUAGAGAUGGACAAACUGUCAAUCUGGUUUAAAGCAAACAAGCUUUCUCUAAAUCUUAAAAAGACUAAAUUUAAAGCGUUCAAUUUGUAAUAUUCAAAUCAGUAUAGAUAAUCAAAAUAUUGUUGAAGUAAACGAGACAAAUUUUCUAGGCGUAAUUUUGGAUGAAAGCCUAAAUUGGAAGUCGGAAAUAUCACACGUUGCAAGUAAGGUUGCGAAGUCAAUCGGUAUAAUAUCUAGAUGCAGCUUCUUUCUUCCUAAAUCGUCUUUACGUAUGCUCUACUAUUCCUUUAUUUAUAUAUCCUUAUUUUUACUACUGCAAUAUCAAAACCAAUCUCCGCCGCCUUGUUAUCCUGCAAAAGCGCAUUAUUAGUAUUAUCAAUAAAUCAAAUUUCAAUGCUCAUACUGAACCCAUCUUUAAGGACCUCGGUAUACUAAAAUUUAAUGAUAUCCAUUUGCUUCAACUGGGCCAAUUUAUGUAUUCUUGCAAAAAUUCAUUCUUACCCCCAAAGUUUAAUAACAAUUUCUCUCAAAGCAAUCAAUUCCACUCUUACAAUACAAGAAAUUCCCAGGCCUACCGUCUACCGUAUUGUCGUACAAACACGAAGAAGUUCUCGCCCUUUUUUCAAGGGCCUAAGUUCUUUAAUUCACUUGACAACUAGGUCAUCAAUUCUCAAUCCCUCUCCUCUUUUAAGAAAAAACUGAAGAUUAAAUUAUUGAGUAAGUAUGAAAACAGUUCAUAAAUCUCUCCAUCUUCGACUUUUUGGCCCUCUUGUCUUCAAUUAAUGUGAAACAGCUCUAGCUCAUAGUUCGAGGAGGCCUAAUCUCUCAUAAGCUCCUAUAGUUUCUGUUAGGUCUCCUCGCCACUUCUUUUUUUCUUCUUUUCCUAUAUUUUUUGUAAUUAUUUUGUAGCAAAUAAAAUAAAAUAAAUAAAUAAAAUCGCUAAAAUCCCCAUACAAAACCCAAUAAUAUUUCUUUAACGCAACGAUUGUUACUCGUGAGCUCGGGAUCAACUAGUGUACUCCGCUCUGGAUAUAUUAGUACGUGAUCAAGGCAUGGUGGAAAGUGGUGUGACAGAAGGUGGGGAUAAAACUGCCAGUUUUCACUUUCGUGGAUGAAUACAACACUGACCAACAUGGAAUUAAAGUUCUGUUGUUAUAAAGCUUGAAAAGUAUAGACAUUGUUCUGACUGUUUUGAUUCAUUCUAUUGUCACUGUCUGAAGUGAAGGUCUGGGAAUAAAACACCUAAUGUCAGGUCACUCAGGAAACCAGUUUGUUUUGUUUUCCUGCAAGUCCUGAAGUUUCGUCGAGGGAAACAUCUGGACUCGAGGAAAAACAAAGGCAACUGUAACUGUUCCUUAAUUAUUGUUUCCGACAAGUCGUCAGUCGCUUUUUUAUUAUAUACUUUGCCAACACAUUAUCUAAGUUAACGGCCAAAUUAAAGUAAUUUUUUCUACUCGAUGUCAACGAGAUACCUAACAUCAAAGUUCCACUGAAGGCGACUGGAUUUUAUCAUAUAAAACACAAAGUUGGGUCAUGAGCUAUAUUAGAACCAUACGCAAAGAGGGAAUAGAAUUAUGUUAUUUUGCUGAAAAUAAUGAAAAUUUUUCCUAUAGGAAUACCUCAAAAAAGAAUGUCCGAAGGGCUCUGGCAAAGAAAUUCCCAUGUUAAAAGGUGAGGGAAAAAAUGACCUAACUGAAAGAUUCCCAAAUUAAUUGUUCAUAAUAAAGGAGUGAAGGAUUUAGUUGGUAAAGAAACUAUGGUGCUAUGUUGUCGUGGGAAGAAAUCUGAAGAAGCGACUUCAGCUUAUAUAUCUUUUUACUUUAGUAACUUGUAUGACUAUAUCAACUCAUUCAAUUGACACAAAUUUUUGUUUACUGACUAUGGUCGUAAACAUUUAGAAUAUCUGCGGUCAAGUUACGAAACUGGCCCAAAUGCAAUUUUGGUUCGAUGUUGUUCUUUUUCAGGAAGAAAAUUUUCUGAAAACUGCCAGUUUUGUUUCAAGGACGGAACAUGCAAACGAAGACAAUCUUUAAACAAUUAUUUUCACGUGAGUAUAGAGACAAGAUGAUACCAAAUUAUAAAAUUGUUGAGAUCUACAUUAUCCCUAGGUUACAAUGGCGAGUUCUACAAAUCUAGUGGAUUAUAUUGCUGGCUUAUUCUCGGCAUUUUUUUCUGUGUUAUUUACAAGGACCUUAUCAACGCUCCUGAUGACAUUUCAAACUGCAAAGCUAUCCUUCUCUUUUGCCGAGUUCGCCUCAGUGAUUUGCGUCCUCAUGGAACGUAAGUAACAUAAGAGAGGUUAAGCAUCACGUUUACGUCAAACAGCAAACACGAAUUGGUGCCACGUGACUAAGUUUCCCCAUUGCUUGCCGCUUACUGUUCAUUAUUUCUACGCAUAAAUUAGUAGUUUCAGGUAAUUCUUUAUUCAUAAGAAUUGUUUUGAGCUCUUUUUAUCUGCUCAUUUUCUAUUUUGAGAAAUUCUCAACUUGAAUCUGACGUUUGCCGUCUGCCGUCUCAUGAAGCUUAAACUCCAUAUUAUAUUUUAUCCCUCAUAAUUUUCUCUCUGAUCCUAGAUAUAUUGAUUUUGAUUAAUGCCAUUAACACACUAUCAUAAUAAUUAUUAUUGUUUUUACCGGUGUUCAUCGCCGUCAUUAUUAUCGUCAUCUUCAUCGUCAUCAACGACUUUAUCUCAAGUGUUAAGUUAAAUAAUUUCAAUUUUACUCAGUUAUAUUAAUAUGGAGGGUAAUCUUUUCUGUCUGCAUAUCUGUUAAACAAAAUAAAUUAAAUGAUGCCGAAUUGAAUUUGGUGAUGAAAAGUGCAUGAUUAAAAUAUUACAAAUGGAGAUAAAACAGAAGGAUUUUUAUACAUAUGUUAAGCCACAAAUUGUUCAAAUCUUCGUUUCAUAUUGUAUUUUAUACUUGUUUCAUUUUCAGAUCUAGUAAAACUGAUGACAAGACCAAUGAAAGUAAGUGACUGAAAUCUUUUUCCCUAGGGGUAACACAGGCCAUUUUUGACAUGAGAAAGUCCAUGUAUUCUCAUUGCCAGGGCAAAUCCCCAACAUGCUAACUAGGAUAAGCAACUACACAAACUUUGAAAGGAUGAUGCAGUGGCUACAGUGCUUUCCGUGUAUGUAAGAACAAUUUUUUUAUGUGUGAAUUUAAUUUUACUUUUCCUGUUUUACUACAGGUAAUGAUCCCGAAAUUGUUGAGAUAUCAGGACCUGUGGUGUUUGAGCAGUACAUAGUCAUUGCUGACUACAAAAAGAAGAACAAGAACGAUAUUUCACUU